AUGGAACAUGAUUUAUCCUUUAAUUAUGAAACUUUUGAGUUUGCAUCUGCAUCUGCAUCAUGUGGGUUAACUGAUAACUCAACAUGUGUUAAUGAUUUGUAUGCUAAGUUAGAAAAAUGUUAUGAUACAUUAACAGUACGAGCAGCUCACGAUGAGUCGAAUCAAAUUAAACUGUCGAUCAACGAAGUGGAUACGUAUUUAGCUGAAAUAGCAUCUAAUCAAAAUAUCCUCCAGCAAGAAAUGUUAAGUAUAAAACAAAAAGUAGAAGAAAUAAAAUUUACUUCGUAUGACGGUAUGCUGAUAUGGAAAGUAACCAAUGUCUUACAUAAAAUUGCAGACUCUCAGUCGCGAAGACAAACAUCAAUUUAUUCUCCGCCAUUCUAUUCUUCAUCAAUAGGUUAG